AUGGAUAUGCAUGUUUUUUUUACCCGCUUUGCGAUUGCAGCUGUUAUUUCAGAGAAGCAAACAAUUUACCCAUCAGAACGGAAUCAAAACGAGACAAUAGAAAUAGGUCCAGGAAACUUGAAGCUAAUAUAUUCUGGAAGUGAAGGAAAACUUGCUCAUUAUGUUAAUGGCAGAAGCUCGGCAUCUGGAGCAUACAUCUUUCAUCCGAAUGGAACAUAUUUCCUCAAGUCUGAAGCGCAGAUCACUAGAGUCUACAAGGAAAAUGGCCAUGUUGAAGUUGAGUUCAUUGUGGGACCAAUACCUGUUGAUGAUGGAAUUGGCAAAGAUAUUGUGACCAAGCUUAAUCUCGGAAUUUACUUGGAAGAUAACAAUUCAGAGCUGUCCAUCUUAGUAGAUAGAGCUAUGGGGGGUACCAGUAUUGCUGACGGGCAAUUGGAAUUGAUGCUCCACAGGAGAUUGCUUCAUGAUGAUUCUAGAGGCGUUGCAGAGGCACUGAAUGAAACAACUUGUGCUCUUGACGAAUGUACUGGACUGACUAUCCUGGGAAAGUAUUAUCUCAGAAUAGAUCCUUUAGGAGAAGGUGGCAAGUGGCGUCGAUCAUAUAGUCAGGAGAUAUAUUCUCCAUUCGUCUUGGCCUUCGAAGAGCUGCAGGAUGGAGAGGCUUGGACAAAUUCUCAUGUGGCAACUUUUUCUGGGAUGGAUCCCUCCUAUGUUUUACCUGACAAUGUUGCAAUUCUAACCCUCCAGCCUCGUUCUCUAAAUUUUCAUUUCAAAUGCAAGAUUGGAGAGGAUAAGGAUCUAUCGGUUAUGGCAAGCGUGGAGCUGAUAAAGGUGUUCCAAGCUAAGAAGAUAAACAAGAUAGCAGAAACGAGCUUAUCUUCUAAUCAAGAAAGAGCUAAAAUGGAAAAGAAAAGGGUAGUCUGGGAAGUAGAAGGCUCUUCUGCACAAGAACCGAAGGUUGUUAGAGGAGGACCAGUUGAUCCUACUACCUUGGUUAUUGAACUUGCUCCAAUGGAAAUCAGUACCUUCAUUGUCGAAUUUGAUAGUAACUGGUCAACUAGUUGGAGUGAAGUGAGAGUAGAAGGAAAGGAAAAGGUGAAAUUUAUUGAGGACGAGGAAGAAGGUAAGGAAAAAGAGGAAAGUGAAGAGGUUCCUCGAAAAAAGCUCGAUGUUACACUAGAUGAGGUUGUGCUUUGGGAGAAACAUAGGAAGAUGAGAAAAAAGAACAAAGUCUCUAAGAGUCAUGGAUUGGGAAGUGAGGAAAACAAUCAAGUGAUGUUGAUAAAGAUUAUUAGAAGCAAAGUAUGGGAGUUGCCUUGGAAAAAGGAUGCCAUUAAAAGUGAAGGAAAAUGGGAGACAAUACAAAGGCUCUUUGUAUCUAAUGUUCUUGCUUUUGGCAUGCAAGGACUUAGUGUUGAGAUUGUUAAAAACCUUGUUCUUGUGGUAAGUUUGUGGUUAAAAUGGGUCACUUCCCUAUUCGUUGGUUUAAAAGAAGAUGCUAAGAAGCUUGUAUCUCUAGUUGGUCCCAUAAAUGAAAACUCGGGAGAUGUAAGAGUGGAGGACAUUAAUCCAAAACUUCUAUGGCACUUUCCUUUUAGUGCCAAGGCUAUACUGAAUUCUAUGGAUGUUAUGAUUGAUGGUAUAAUGGGGCAAGAGGUUGUCAAAGCAUGUUCUAUUUUUGGAUCCAAGAUUUAG